AUGGCAUCACGAAAUGUGGUCUCUCAUAAUGGGCCACCUCAAAAGUCGACAACAUCUCCAAACCAAACUCUCUACCUCACCAACCUGCCGGAAAAACUUCGCAAACACGAUCUGAGGCUUUCAUUGUACACCCUGUUCGCCACAUAUGGCCCAGUUCUUGAUGUCGUGGCGAUGCCGGGUAACAAAAUGCGAGGGCAGGCAUGGGUGGCAUUCAGAGAUACGCAAGCUUCAACGCAGGCAAUGCGCUCAUUGCAAGGCUUUGAUUUCUUUGGGAAGCAAAUGACGAUACGAUAUGCGAAAGGCAAAUCAAAUGCCAUUGCAAAAUUGGAUGGGACUUAUAGAAUGCCAAUGACUGCGGCAACUACGACCGUGAGCACUGAUUUGCAGCAGCAAAUUUUUGGCAUACCACCCUCAGGGCUGCCAACACCUGUCAAACCGCAGCAACUUCCAACCUCAAACGGCGAUGCUGAGCUCAAUGAUGCCGAGGAAUCUAAAGGCGUAAAAAGAACAAGAGAUGACGAGAGUGAUGAGGAUGUCGCUAUGGAUGAGGAUAGUGAUGCGCCAAUGGAGGAGGGUAGUGAUGAUGACGACUGA